AUGUUCUCUUUUCCCGUACCUCCCCCGGAAUCCUCGGCAGCGGCAGACACCACGGGGAGUGCUUGCCCAGUGGUACAGCUGUUUGACUCCCCCGAAGACGUUCGACAUAUCCUGCGUUUCUACAUGCCCAGAGACGACCCAAGCCCGUUUUCCACCAACGAGAUAUCCUUCCACAUGAUCUCGGCGGCCGUCCGUCUCGGGCAGAAAUACCAGAUGUCGAAGCUGUACCAGCACGCGAUCGACUACCUGAAGGAUUACUUCACGGAGCACCUAGACGUGUGGGAGGCGCACACGGACGAUGGGCGACUGCCUCCCGGCUUCUCGGACGUUCAUGCCAUCGGCGUCGUGAACCUCGCGCGCCUGACCGGCGAGCACACCCUGCUCCCCACCGCGCUCCUCAGCUGCUGCAUGCUGGGUAAAGCGAUCGUCCAUGGGUUCGCGCGCGAAGACGGCACGCGCGAGCAGCUCGCGCUCGCGGACGUCGGGCUGUGCUUCGCCGCCAAGGGCCGCCUCAUCGAGGAGUCCGUGCGCAUCGCGCUCGCGGUGUUCCUCCCGACUGUUGCGAAGAUGUGCGCGAGCGUGUCCGAGUGCGUGCGCGGGUUCCGCAAGAUCCAUGUGGAGCUCAAGGACCGGGCGCGUUAUAUUGCCACUGCGGACCCGUUUGUGCCGUAUCAUAGCAUGUUCGGGGAGGAGCUGCUGUGCAAGCACUGCAGGGCGAUGGUGAAGGAGCGCGACCUGUGGGAGCGGUCUUCGACGUGGAGCCGGCUGUCGGAGAUACUGGGUAUUGAGUCGACGGCCUCUGACGGGGCAGGAACGGGCGACGACGCAUGA